AUGAGUUCCUUCAAUUCAAACAAACCUAAUGUAGUCUAUCAGGAAUGUUUGAAGAACCAUGCCGCUGCCAUUGGACUUGCGGAAUAUGAUGGAUGUCAGGAGUUCCUUGCAGUUGGCCGCGAAGGCACUCCUGAAGCAUUCAAGUGCGUUGUUUGCAAUUGCCACCGAAACUUCCAUCGGAAGGAGACAAUAGCUGGGUUGCACCAACUUCCUCCCCAGUUGCAAUUUGUGGCGCACCAAGGACCCCCGCCUGGAAUCCAGUUCCCUUCGGGCUUACCAGACACAACUAUAGCUCCAAAGAAGGGAAGAUCUCGAACUGUAUUCAAUAAGGAACAAAAGCAAAAGAUGUUGGAUUUAGCAGAGAAGCUUGGAUGGAGGGUUCUAAAAGGGAAAAAGGAACUGAUUCACCACUGCUGCGAAGAGAUCGGUGUAAAGACAAGCUCUUUUAGAGAUUGGGUUUAUAACAAUAAACCCUAG